AUGAAUAGUUGGGCAAAGGAUGCUCUCGAUCGUCUUUUAUCAAUGACUACAUUUUUCGAAAGUGAUGAUGAUCGUUUAACAAUAAAUAUAUCUGGAACACAUUAUGAAAUUAAUGUUUGUGAUUUAAUCAAUUUUCCUGACACAAUUCUUGGCAAUCCAUUAAAGCGAGCACGUUAUCUCAUACCUGGUACGAGUGAUUAUUUUUUUCCGCGUCAUUCAAGUUCAUUUGAAUCUAUUUUGUAUUAUUACAUAAAUGAUGGUAUUUUAAUUAAAGCUGAAACAACUUCAGCCAUGAUAUUUUAUGAAGAAAUUCGAUUUUUUCAAUUAAAUGAAAAGUUAAUUCAAACAUUUUAUAACGAUUAUUUAUCAAUAAAUGAAGAUAAUCAAAUCGAACCAAAUUCUUGGCUGAGAAAAGCAUUACAUCGAACAUUUCAUCGUUUACCUGUGAAUUAUUUUAAUUCUUCGUUUAGUACAUUAUCUGCAGUAUUCAAUGCUUUGGCAAUCUAUUCAUUAUGUUUAGAAACAAUGAGUGUUUAUCGAAAUCUUCAUAAUACCAUGUGGAUGAUAACCCAUCCAUCAAAACCUCUUAAUCACACGGAAGGUUUUAAAUGUUCAGAUAUUAGUCUACGUCCUUAUCAAUUCAUACCUUACUUCAAUUCAGAAAAUGUAACAUUGGAAUGUUUUUGUAUUACAUGGUUUUAUAUUGAAUUAUUCAUGCAUACUUUAUCAGCACCUUCAUUUAUAUAUCUACUUCGUGAUUCUAAUUUUGCAUUAGAUAUCUUAUGUAUACUACCAACAAUACUAGGUCAAAUCUACUAUCGAGUUUAUAUUUCAGAGAAAAAAGAUGAAAACCUAUUAGCAGUAGAAGAAACUCAAAUAUUUGAUUAUUUAACAUGUUUUAAAUUAUUUCGUCUAUUUCGUUUAACUCGUCAUGCAAAAUGUUUAGAGGUAUUUUUUAAAAUUUUAUAUGUCAAUUUAAAAGACAUUGUAAUGUUAACAAUAUUGAUCAUAUUUGGAAUGUUUUAUUUUGGUUUGACACAAUUUGUUCUUGAGCAAAUACAUAAAGAUAAUGAAAUUAAAAAUAUUGGUGAAGCACUAUGGCAUGGAUUUACAGUUAUAACAACGAUUGGCUAUUCUGAUAUUACAGAAUAUCAGUUUUUAUCUUAUAUAUUUGCUAUUGUGGGUGUUUGGUACGGUUCAAUUUCCAUGGCAAUUAUUUUACCAAGCCUAUCGCAAUCAUUUAAUAUUUUUCAUAACUUCAAAUAUCGUCGCCAUAUUUUUAAAUACAAAACGCAUUAA